AUGGGGGUGAACACGGAUGACGAGGAGAUGGGGCCAGGAUCAACAUUAACAGAUGGAGUCGAGGUCACUGAGAAAACUUGCGGAUUCGAACAAGAAAUUGAAAAUGAGAAAAGUCUUCCUCAAGACGCUGAUGGUGACGUAGGAAUUCAGGAACGGAACAUGGCCAAGGGAACCGGUAUACCACUGAUCACAUCACUGCAAAACAUGCCAUCACACCAUACAUCCGGGGCUUUGGAUUCUGAACACAAUGAAGCACAGAGAGGGCAUACAGAUGCAGGAUGUAGUGUACUGUCUAAUACGCCUACAUCACUACAACCGGGUGCAGAUAUAGAGGAUGAAAAGACUGAGCUGUCACACGGCGCUCUUGUAAAUUUGAACACCGACGCAUUUGCUGAUGACAAGUGCGUCCUAAUGGAAGAAUGCACAUCUCCUCUGCAGCCAGGAGAAAUCAUGGACAUCUUAGAGACUGAAAAGAGUGAUGAUUGGGAUGCGAUGUAUAACACACUACUGGAUGAAAUAUCUCCGAGUGAUGUCAGUGCUUCCAAACUAGAGCUACCAUUCAACCCUGACAAGAUGGAUAAGGAAGGUUACACACCGAUGUAUAAUGCAGCUUUAGAAGGUCACCUCGAAGAUGUUGAUGAUCUCAUUUCACGGGGAGCAAACCCAAAUACACCAAGUAAGGGUGGACUCCGUCCUCUUCAUGCAGCGGAUCGAGAAGGACAUGCACACAUCGUUGACUUCCUCAUCCUGCAGGGGGCAGACGUAAGUGUUGAGUGUGAUCUGGGUCAGACACCUCUUCAUACGGCGGCUGCAAAAGGUUAUCUUGACAUCUUAGAGAGCUUGGUUUCAGAAGAAACUAACGUGAGCAUGGAAGAUCACACAGGGUGGACACCAUUCAAUGCAGCCGUUCAGUGUGGCCAUUUAGAAGCCGUCAAAUAUCUCAUGACCCAAGGAGCGAAGCAAAACAGGUUUAAUGGAAUUAGCCCACUAUAUACCGCUUCACUCGGAGGUCAUAUGGAUGUCGUGAAAUUCCUCAUUUCUAGGGGAGCUGAUGUGAACGAAGAAGGAGAUGAAGGGCGGAUUCCUCUCCAUGGUGCAGCUGCUCGAGGCUACAUAGAGGUCAUGGAAUAUCUCAUUCAGCAAGGAUCCACAGUGAACAAGGGUGAUGCCAAGGGUUGGACGCCCUUCAAUGCAGCAGUAAAAUAUGGGCAUCUAGACGCUGUCAAAUAUCUCAUAACUGAAGGAGCGAAGCAGAACAGCUAUGAAGGAAUGACCCCACUUUAUGACGCAGCAGUACUUGGUUAUUUAGACAUCGUCAAAUACCUCAUAUCCAAUGCAGCUGAUGUGAACGAAGAAAAUGACAAAGGGGUGAUUCCUCUUCACGGUGCAGCUAUUCAAGGCCAAAAUAAAGUCAUGGAAUAUCUCAUUCAGCAAGGAUCUGAUGUGAACAAGAAAGAUAACACCGGGCGAACUCCAUUCAAUGCUGCCGUUCAAUAUGGUCACGUAGAAGCCGUCAAAUAUCUCAUUACUCAAGGAGCGAAGCAGAACAGCUAUGAUGGAAUGACCCCUCUCUAUGCCGCCGCACGAUUUGGUCAUUUGCACAUCGUGGAUUACUUCAUUUCCAAAGGAGCUGAUGUAAACGAAGAAGAUGAUGAAGGGGAGAUUCCUCUCCACGGUGCAGCUGUUGAAGGCCACAUAGAAGUCAUGGAAUAUCUCAUUCAGCAAGGAUCUAAUGUUAACAAGAUUGAUGCCAAGGGUUGGACAUCAUUCAAUGCUGCUGUUCAAGGGGGUCAUCUUGAAGGCGUCAAAUACCUCAUGACUGAAGGAGCGAAGCAGAACAGGUAUGAUGGUAUGACCCCACUUUAUGCCGCAGCACAAUCUAAUCAUUUAGAUAUCGUCAAAUUCUUCAUAUCUAAUGGCGCUGAUGUAAACGAAGAACAUGACAAAGGGAUGGUUCCUCUCCACGGUGCAGCUUCUGGAGGCCACUUAGAAGUCAUGGAAUAUCUCAUUCAGCAAGGAUCUGAUGUGAACAAGGCUAGCACAAGGCUAGCCAAGGGUUGGACACCAUUCAAUGCUGCUAUUCAAAACGGCCAUCUAGAAGCCGUCAAAUGUCUAAUGGCUGAAGGAGCGAAACAGAACAGAUGUGCUGGUAUGACCCCUCUCUAUGCAGCAGCGCAUUUUGGUCAUUUAGACAUCGUCAAAUUCCUCUUUUCGAACGGAGCUGAUGUGAAUGAAGAAAAUGAUGAUGGAAUGAUUCCUCUCCACGGUGCAGCUACUGAAGGCCACAUGGAAGUCAUGGAAUAUCUCAUUCAACAAGGAUCCGAGUUGAACAAGGUUGAUCCCAAGGGUAGGACACCUUUCAUUGCUGCUGUUCAAGAGGGCCAUCUAGAAGCCGUCAAAUAUCUCAUGACUGAAGGAGCAAAGCAAAACAGAUUUGAUGGUAUGAACCCACUUCAUGCCGCAGCACAGUUUGGUCAUUUAGAUAUCGUCAAAUUCUUUAUAUCCACCAAAGGAGUCGAUGUGAACGAGGAGAAUGAUACAGGACGGAUUCCUCUCCACGGUGCAGCUAUUCACGGUAAUGUUGAAGUCAUGGAAUAUCUCAUUCAGCAAGCAUCCGAGGUGAAUAAGAGUGAUGCCAAGGGAUGGACACCAUUCAAUGCUGCUGUUCAAUAUGGCCAUCUAGAAGCUGUCAAAUAUCUCAUGACUAAAGGAGCGGAGCUGAACAGAUAUGCUGGUAAUAGUCCACUCUAUACCGCAGCAGUAUACGGUCAUGUAGACCUCGUAAAAUUCUUCAUUUCCAAAGGAGUCGAUGUGAACGAGGAGAAUGAUUCAGGACGGAUUCCUCUUCUAGGUGCAGCUUUUCACGGUAACACUGAAGUCAUGGAAUAUCUCAUUCAGCAAGCAUCCGAGGUGAAUAAGAGUGAUGCCAAGGGAUGGACACCAUUCAAUGCUGCUGUUCAAUAUGGCCAUCUAGAAGCUGUCAAAUAUCUCAUGACUAAAGGAGUGGAGCUAAACAGAUAUGCUGGUAAUAGUCCACUCUAUGCCGCAGCAGUAUACGGUCAUGUAGACCUCGUCAAAUUCUUCAUUUCCAAAGGAGUCGAUGUGAACGAGGAGAAUGAUUCAGGACGGAUUCCUCUCCACGGUGCAGCUAUUCACGGUAACACUGAAAUCAUGAAAUAUCUCAUUCAGCAAGGAUCUAAUGUGAACAAGAGUAGUGCCACGGGCUGGACACCAUUCAAUGCUGCUGUUCAAUAUGGCCAUCUAGAAGCUGUCAAAUAUCUCAUGACUGAAGGAGCGGAGCUGAACAGAUAUGCUGGUAUGACCCCACUCUACUCCGCAGCUCUAUCUGGUCAUGUAGAUCUCGUCAAAUUCUUCAUUUCCAAAGGAGCCGAUGUGAACGAGGAGAAUGAUACAGGACGGAUUCCUCUCCACGGUGCAGCUAUUCCCGGUAAUGUUGAAGUCAUGGAAUAUCUCAUUCAGCAAGCAUCCGAGGUGAAUAAGAGUGAUGCCAAGGGAUGGACACCAUUCAAUGCUGCUGUUCAAUAUGGCCAUCUAGAAGCUGUCAAAUAUCUCAUGACUAAAGGAGUGGAGCUAAACAGAUAUGCUGGUAAUAGUCCACUCUAUGCCGCAGCAGUAUACGGUCAUGUAGACCUCGUAAAAUUCUUCAUUUCCAAAGGAGUCAAUGUGAACGAGGAGAAUGGUUCAGGACGGAUUCCUCUCCACGGUGCAGCUAUUCACGGUAACACUGAAAUCAUGAAAUAUCUCAUUCAGCAAGGAUCUAAUGUGAACAAGAGUAGUGCCACGGGCUGGACACCAUUCAAUGCUGCUGUUCAAUAUGGCCAUCUAGAAGCUGUCAAAUAUCUCAUGACUAAAGGAGCGGAGCUGAACAGAUAUGCUGGUAAUAGUCCACUCUAUGCCGCAGCAGUAUACGGUCAUGUAGACCUCGUAAAAUUCUUCAUUUCCAAAGGAGUCGAUGUGAACGAGGAGAAUGAUUCAGGACGGAUUCCUCUUCUAGGUGCAGCUUUUCACGGUAACACUGAAGUCAUGGAAUAUCUCAGUCAGCAGGGAUCCGAGGUGAAUAAGAGUGAUGCCAAGGGAUGGACACCAUUCAAUGCUGCUGUUCAAUAUGGCCAUCUAGAAGCUGUCAAAUAUCUCAUGACUAAAGGAGUGGAGCUAAACAGAUAUGCUGGUAAUAGUCCACUCUAUGCUGCAGCAGUAUACGGUCAUGUAGACCUCGUCAAAUUCUUCAUUUCCAAAGGAGUCGAUGUGAACGAGGAGAAUGGUUCAGGACGGAUUCCUCUCCACGGUGCAGCUAUUCACGGUAAUGUUGAAGUCAUGGAAUAUCUCAUUCAGCAAGCAUCCGAGGUGAAUAAGAGUGAUGCCAGGGGCUGGACACCAUUCAAUGCUGCUGUUCAAUAUGGCCACAUAGAAGCUGUCAAAUAUCUCAUGACUGAAGGAGCGGAGCUGAACAGAUAUGCUGGUAUGACCCCACUCUACUCCGCAGCUCAAUCUGGUCAUGGAGACCUUGUAAAAUUCUUCAUUUCCAAAGAAGUCGAUGUUAACGAGGAAAAUGAUUCAGGACGGAUUCCUCUCCACGGUGCAGCUAUUCACGGUAGCUCUGAAGUCAUGAAAUAUCUCAUUCAGCAGGGAUCUAAUGUGAACAAGAGUGAUGGCACGGGUUGGACACCAUUCAAUGAUGCUGUUCAAGGGGGUCAUUUAGAAUCCGUCAAAUAUCUCAUAACUGAAGGAGCAAAGCAAAACAGAUGUGAUGGAAUGACCCCACUCUACGCCGCAGUUCAAUCUGGUCAUAUAGACCUUGUAAAAUUCUUCAUUUCCAAAGGAGUCGAUGUGAACGAGGAAAAUGAUACAGGGCGGACUCCUCUUCACGUUGCAGCUAUUCACGCCAACAUUGAAGUCAUGACAUAUCUCAUUGAACAAGGAUCAGAUGUAAACAAGAUGGAUGCUGAGGGUUGGACACCACUCCAUGCUGCUGCACAAAAAGGACAUCUCGACAUAGUCGAUUACCUUACAUUGAAUGGAGGUGACAUGAACCUGAAGGAUAUAGAUGGUUUGACACCCCUUCAGGUAGCUGUAAACGCGGGCCAUGUCCAUGCAGUAGAACUCAUCUCACCACAUAGAGGUGACCCGGAUGAUGGAGAAACAGGAGAUCCACGAUCUGUAGGCCAUCAUUAUCUCAUCAGCAGAGGAUAUGUGACGGUAUCACUGAAGAAUACAGACACGCAGUCACGUAUAGGACAGUUAGCAUCUCAGGUAGAUAAUGGAGAGGAUGAGAGUGACUGCACUCAAGCUGAUAUUGCGAAGAGAGGAUCCAAUGAGCUCUCCUUGAAGUAUCUUUCCACGAGGACCCAUGAUGAUGAUUAUCAGGAACACAAUCCUUUCAUUCAGGCUAAGCUGAAAUGUCCUGACAAAGGUGAAAAAUAUCCGAUGAUAUGUCUGAGAAAAGCAAUGAAGUGCCCAGUGCAAAGGAAAGGAGACACCAUAACACAUGGCACACACCGCUCUUCCCCGCAUGGACCUCAGACAGGGCAAUACAGCGGAUUCGAUCCACCCAAUCUACAAACCAUGGAGACUGACGGUCAUCCGUCUGAAGAACCGGAAUCUAGAUGUCACUCACUAAUUGAUGAAAACAGGGAAAUGAGAACCAAACGUCAAAAAUCGGUUGACCGCUGUCCUUCAAUCCUGGCCCUCGUACAAACUUUCCUGCAGGUGAUUAUCACUUUGGCCAUCAUUCUUGCUGGAAGUCCGGUUCUUGUAGCAGGCAUCGAUAGCAUCGAACGAGUCACGCUACAAGCAGGUAAACCUGGUGUGGUCCCAUUCCUUCUCCCAUGGCCACCUAAUAGUACAUCCCACGAUGUUCCAUAUUACACCCUUGGAUUUCAAUCCGAGCCUCUUCCAUUCUGCAUUAAUGGACAGAAUGAUAUUGCGGGCUUCAAAAACCCAUCCCAGUUGCGAAGGUUUACCACCUCAGUCAAAGAUUUAGACACCUCUCCUUGUGUGAAUCUAAUGAUAGAUAACGUUGAUACUCUAGAUGAGGAUGGAAAGUCAAACACGUUACCACAGAUAUAA